CAACAGGGCUCUGUUUACUGGUUUGGAAACAACGUAUGGUAGAGUAACACUGGAAGAUCAUUACGCAGCAGAACUAAGUCUGCGGGGAAAAGCUGUCUAUAUUAUUUCACUUGUAGCUCGGCUUCAUCUUCCAGUGUCCUUGAAAUCUAUAGAUGACUCGUGGCAACAGAAAACUGCUGAUAACAGGCCUUAAAAAUUUACUAGACAAAUGCGAAGGCCACGAGAAUUUGAUCAAGCAAAUCCACGCUCACUGGACCACCCUUGGCUUCUUCGCUCAAACUCGGAAACAUCAACACUUCGCCUGCAAAUUACUUAACGUUUAUACAAAACUAAACAAACCCCUCGAAGCCCACAGGGUGUUUGCUCUAAUUCCUGACCCAGACAUUGUCUCCUGGACUUCUCUAUUCAAUCUAUACCUGAAAACUCAACAACCCACCGAGGCUUUAUCUCUUUUCUCUCACUUGUUGGUCUCUACUUCCCUCAGACCUGAUGCGCACUCCGUCUUGGCUGCGCUGUCUGCUUGCGCGCGGACGCAAAAUUUGGAUGCUGGUAAAGCAGUGCAUGCCAUGGUGUAUAGACAAUUGUCUGAACCGGAAACAAUUGUGAGUAAUGCUCUGAUUGAUAUGUAUAGUCGGGGUGGAAGAACCCAUUUGGCUGGACGUGUGUUUGAGAGUGUGCAAUGCAGAGACGUGGCUACUUGGACUAGCUUGCUUAAUGGGUUUAUUUUUUGUGGUGAUAUUGAAGCUGGACGUCAGGUUUUUGAUGAUAUGCCGCAGAGGAAUGUGGUUUCUUGGACGGCGAUGAUAGUUGGCUAUGUACGUGUGAAAAAUUCCAUUGAGGCGUUGCAGUUGUUUAGGAGAAUGAGGGAUGGAGGUAGAGAGAAUGCUACUACUAUUACUAUUGUUGCCGUGCUCUCAGGUUGUGCUGAUGUUGGAGCUCUUGAUUUUGGGAGGUCUAUUCAUGGGUAUGUUAACAAGAUAGCUGGUUUUAGCAUGGAUGUUGCUGUAAAUAAUGGAUUAAUUGAUAUGUACGCAAAAAAUGGAAACCUUGAUUCAGCUGAGAAUAUAUUCAUUAGGAUGGUAGAUAGGGAUUUGUUUUCGUGGACAAGUAUAAUUUCAGGGUUGGCAAUUCAUGGUAGAGGUAAGGAUGCACUUGAUUUUUUCGAUGAGAUGGUGGCAUCUGGGAUGCACCCCAAUGAGAUUACGUUUCUUUCUGUACUUUCAGCUUGUAACCAUGCAGGAUUGGUUGGUGAGGGACUGAACUUCUUUGAAAGAUUGAAAAAUUCUCCUAGAUUUGAACCCAUGAUGGAACAUUAUGGGUGUAUGGUAGAUCUUCUUGGUCGAGCAGGAUUGCUUGAAGAAGCUGUUGGAUUGAUUCAGGACAUGCCCUUCAAGCCAGAUGCUAUUAUGUGGAGAUCAUUUCUCAGUUCUUGUUUAGGACAUAAUAAUUCGGCUUUGGCUGAAAUGGCAGCGAAAGAGGUACUUGAACUGGAGCCUGAUGAUGAUGGUGUAUGUGUGCUCCUUUGGAACUUGUAUCGCUCUAAAAAAAUGUGGCAAGCUGCUUCAAGGAUGGAGAGGAUGAUGAAGGAUCAGAAAAUAAAGAAAAAACCUGGGUGUAGUUGGGUUGAAGUAAAUGGUGUUGUUCAUGAAUUUCUUGCUGAAACUUCAUUACCUUCUGUAGUUGGUGAUGUAUACAUUGCUCUACAAGGCAUUGCUAGACAAUCAAAAAUGAAUAGUGACAUUGAUAGUUGUGAGUGGAGAAAUUUCAUGCACAAGAAGGAUUGUACAGCGACAGAGUGUAUCUAGUAGAACGAAUAUUGACAUUUUUAGAUAAAAGUUUUUGAAGUGAAGCAUGGAAGUUCCUGAUUGGAGACAGUAAAAUUAGCAUUUUCAGAAUUCAAGGGGACCAAAAUGUGGGUUUUCUUGGAAUAAGCUCAGUACUGUUUUCUCCAUACCUUUAUUAGCGCCUUGCUGUACUAAAUUGGAAAACCUCAUCCUUCCACCACUGAAAUGAAGGUAGUUGAUGCCUUGAUUCCUUGAUGGUCUGGAUGGUCAAUUCACGCUUCUUUGUUGCCCUUGUGGCAUGUGUUCUGCUGGAAAGGUACUUCUUCCAGAAGUGAAGGAAGCAGAUUAUAUGGAUCAUAGUGACGUUAAUUGUUGACAUUCAAGGUGCUCGACAGACGCAUCCUAUAAUAUAGUGGCGAAACGAGAAAUUCCAGUUAACGGAAAAACUACUUGGAAGAGGGAAGCAGCAAGAGUACCAAAAGUAAGGAACGACGAAUAUAGGGAAUGAUGAAAUGUAGAAGAAGCAACUUGGAGUAUUGGACGUAUAACAAAAUCGGAGAUUGAACAGGAGACAGCAAAACAGAGGAAUCAACUCCAUUUGUUGUUUGUGGUUUGGGGAGACAAGGUGCCGGGGUCGGUUGGUUUGUUCGGGUAAAACAAAGGAGGCAACGUGAUGGACCUUAAGUUUUCGUGCUGGUUGUUGGAGUUUGGGCGAAGAGGAAGCAUCUUUACAUCUUCCUCCAGUAUUUAGAUUGAUUAGAAUAGCUUCUGCAGAACUGAAAGUGUACUGUACUUAUGGGUGCCGCUCUUAAGACAUGGCAUUGUUUCGAGUAUUAUUUGAUUUAUUCCAAAAUCAUCUUAUUUUGAACCAUCACCAGAUUCUUGAUAGUUCACGGGCUUUAUUCGUGAAGAGAAUAAGCUAGAAAAAAAAAAUGCACAAAAUGUAGUUUUGAAUCGCAGAAGAGUGGACACAAGCAAAAUGACAGUGCAUUUGCACGUCUGCACGUUCCUCCCCUUUAUUAUGAACUCUUAUUGUCUUCCUUCCUGAA